AUUUGACCUGCAGCAGAGUCGAAGGUUCAAGCUGAGAACAUGUUUCGUGGUGAGGAUUAUGAGUGUGUGGUGAUCGGGGCCGGGGUCCAGGGCUCCUUCACGGCUUAUCAGCUGGCCAAGAAGAAGAAAAAGACUCUGCUGCUGGAACAGUUUGUCCUCCCACAUACUCGCGGGAGCUCCCAUGGCCAGACCCGAAUCAUCCGUAAGGCGUACGAGCAGCACUUCUACGUCCAGCUGAUGGGCGAGAGCUACGAUCUGUGGGCCCAGCUGGAGAGGGAGGCUGGUGUCAAACUGUACCGGCGAACAGGACUCCUGGUAUUGGGACCAGAGAAAAGUCAGGCUUAUGAGCAGGUCAGGAACACCCUGCAGACGAGCCGCGUUCCUACCGUGAUCCUGACAUGUGACAACUUCAGCCAGCACAUCCCUCAUGUCAACCUUACUGAAGGAGACGCCGCCCUGGUGGACACGACAGCAGGAGUGCUGUAUGCAGACCGUGCACUCAAGGUCGUGCAGGCCCAGUUUCUGAAGUUGGGCGGUGUCAUAAAAGAUGGAGAGAAAGUAACGGACAUAAAGCCCGGUGCUGUGGUCACAGUGUCGACCUCUGCUGGUGUUUAUCGGGCCAAGAGUUUGGUGAUCACGGCGGGAGCCUGGGCGAACACUCUGCUGGCCCACACCGGCCUGCAGCUUCCACUGGAGGUUGUGAAGGUGAACGUGUGUUACUGGAAGGAGAAGGUUCCUGGAUCCUACAGUUCACAGCGUCACUUUCCCUGCUUCAUCCAGUAUGAAAGCAAGGAGUCUGAAUAUCACAUCUACGGCCUCCCGUCGGACGAGUACCCCGGCCUGAUGAAGGUGUGUUUCCACAUCGGCAGUGAGACAGACCCAGACCAGCGAGACAAGCAGACAGACAGGUCCGACAUCAACAUCCUCCAACGUUACAUCACCCGCUGCUUCCCGGGCCUGAUACCAGAACCCGCUGUUGUGGAGAGCUGCAUGUACACGCUGACUCCGGACCAGCACUUUGUGGUGGAUCGUCACCCCACCUUCAGCAACAUCACCAUUGGAGCAGGGUUCUCAGGUCACGGAUUCAAGUUCGGACCAAUCAUUGGGAAGCUGCUGAGCGAGCUCAGCCUGGGAGAAGUGCCCUCCUAUGACCUUUCACCUUUCAGAAUCCAGCGCUUCCAGACAAAGUUGAAAUCGGCUUUGUAGCGGCGCAGAAAGAUAACGUGACCCGAGUCGCCGGGUCUAUUUACGGCCCGAGUGCCAUUACAUAAAUAACAGCAACGAUGAACAUCAUUUUAAUGUUUUAGUCUUUAAAAUCUAAAAAAUCAUUCUAAAUGUUACAUAUGUGACGUCAAAAGGAAAAUAAGAAACUUGUCACUUUUAUACUGAUGAGUUAGAAAAUGUUGCACUUAUUUAUCUCACUAACUGAUGGACUUAUUGAUUAGUCAGGAUCAGUUCAGACACAAUAAUUUGCUAAUGUCACAUUGUGUUAUUGAGAGUGUAUUCAGAGCUUUUUAAACUUUAGUAAAAUUAACAUUAUUACAGUGUAAAAGUAUCUCAUUGUUUGUGCCC